GAUGAAAGUUCGCAAACAGAAAAGCUCUAAUCUAAGCAAACCAUUAAACAAACCUUCUUUAGUUCCUCCCUCCCUUACAUUGCGCGCGUUUAUCCAAAGAGAAUUUUUCUCUUUCUCUUCUUUCUUUUUUUAUUUUUUUCCUUCACUUUCCCUCUCCUCUUCGACUUUUAAUUUUUCUGAGAAAACAGAAAAAACAAGCACCAAAAGGAACCAUUACGAAUUUGCUAUACACAAUUCAAAAUGCAUUUCGCCAAACUAGACGAUUCGCCGAUGUUUAGGCAACAGAUGCAAUGUAUGGAAGAAAGUUCUGAGCUAUUGAGGGGGAGAUGUUUAAAAUUCAUCAAAGGAUGUCGAAAGUACACAGAAGGGCUUGGAGAGGGGUAUGAUGGGGAUGUUGCUUUUGCAAGUGCUCUUGAAACUUUUGGCGGAGGGCAUAAUGAUCCUAUUUGUGUUGCUUUUGGAGGCCCUGUUAUGAACAAAUUUACUAUUGCUUUGAGAGACAUUGGGACAUACAAGGAAGUUCUUAGGUCACAGGUAGAGCACAUUCUAAAUGAUAGAUUGCUGCAGUUUGUGAACGUGGACCUGCAAGACAUCAAGGAAGCCCGAAAACGUUUUGACAAAGCUUCCCUCAUAUAUGACCAGGCACGAGAUAAGUUUCUGUCAUUAAGGAAGAGCACAAGGAUGGAUGUAGCCAAUUCUGUAGAGGAAGAACUAUACAAUGCAAGAUCCUCUUUUGAGCAAGCACGUUUUCACUUGGUUAGUUCUCUUUCUAUUGUCGAGGCCAAGAAAAGAUUUGAGUUUCUUGAGGCUGUUAGUGGGACAAUGGAUGCUCAUAUUCGAUACUUUAAGCAGGGGUAUGAACUUUUGCAUCAGCUGGAACCUUUUAUUAACCAGGUCUUAGCUUAUGCACAACAGUCUAGAGAAUGCUCCAACUAUGAGCAAGCAUCUCUUAAUGAAAGGGUGCAAGAAUACGUGAGACAGAUUGAUCGAGAAAGCAAGCACAACUUAAAUGUAGGUCUUGGUUCUCCUAGCGGAGAGGGUCUGCGACUUUUUGCUAGGAGUUCACAAAAAGUGAUAGAGGCAGUUAUGCAAUCUGCUGCAAAGGGGAAGGUUCAAACCAUUCGACAAGGUUAUUUAUCAAAGCGUUCUUCAAAUUUGAGAGGUGAUUGGAAAAGAAGGUUUUUUGUUCUUGAUAGUCAAGGGAUGCUGUAUUAUUACCGCAAACCUUUCAGCUGGGUAUCUGGAACUGGAAGUCAAUCUUCUGUGCAGAGGAAUGUUUCCACUGAAAAUGGACCUGGGUUGCUGAGUCGGUGGCUUUCUUCUCAUUAUCAUGGUGGAGUUCAUGAUGAAAAAUCCGUUGCACGUCACACUGUAAACCUGUUAACAUCAACAAUAAAGGCUGAUGCAGAUCAGUCAGAUUUAAGAUUCUGCUUCAGAAUUAUUUCACCAAUGAAAGUUUACACUUUACAGGCAGAGAAUGCACUGGACCAAAUUGACUGGAUUGAAAAGAUUACAGGAGUGAUUACUUCAUUAUUGAGUUUCCAAACACCUGAAAGACACCUGUCUACUAGUCACAUGGGUGAUAAUCACUCUGUCAGUGACAGUAGCUCAUUGGCGGAUUGUCAUGACAUUGAUCAGACAGAGAUUGAGGAGUUCACAUCUAAUAACAUGACCACUAGAAGUCACUUACAUUCAUCUAAAAAUUCACAACAGCAAGAAUGUGGUGUAAGAAGUGAAAAGCCUAUUGAUGUGUUGAGAAGAGUACCUGGAAAUGACAAAUGUGCUGAUUGUGGUGCGCCUGAACCAGACUGGGCAUCCUUAAACCUUGGUGUUCUCAUGUGCAUUGAAUGUUCUGGCGUUCAUCGUAAUCUUGGUGUACAUAUAUCAAAGGUAAGGUCAUUAACACUUGAUGUCAAAGUUUGGGAGCCAUCUGUCUUAAAUUUGUUUCAGUCACUAGGCAAUAUUUAUGCAAACUCGAUUUGGGAGGAAUUGUUGCAUUCAGGAACUUCUUUUACAGCUGAUGAAAUGUCCAAGGGUUUUUCAAGGUCUGAUAGACAGAAGGUUUUCCAUAUAAGAAAACCAAGUCAUGAUGAUUCUAUUUCUGUUAAGGAGCACUUCAUUCAUGCAAAGUAUGCAGAAAAAAUAUUUAUGCGCACGAUUAAGGACGACAAGAAUCUCCUUUCAGUGGCACAACAGGUGUGGGAAAGUGUCCAUGCCAAUGACAAGAAAGCAGUUUACCGCCAAAUUGUCUGCUCAGGAGUAGAUGUCAAUGCCAUCCAUGGGCAAGCAUCAUUCAGUACAUCCUCAUCUCUGACCUUUGUAAUCCAGUACGAAGAGCAGGAAAACCUUGACCUGAAGUUUGAUUGCUUUGCAGGUGACUCUUUGGACAAGCCCUUGGCAAGCUAUGUGAAGCCAUUAAAUAAAACUGAAGAUCAGGUCAUAAAGGAUUUUACAGAUGGUUGUUCUCUGCUUCACCUUGCCUGCCUAAAUGCUGACAUGGGCAUGGUAGAGCUACUCCUACAAUAUGGUGCAAACAUCAAUGCUUCUAAUUCGAAAGGUCAGACACCACUGCAUCAAUGCAUCAUUAACAGGAGACCUGCCAUUGCAAAGUUGCUUCUUAUGAGGGGAGCAGAUCCUCAAGCUGUUGACAGAGUAGGAAAUACUGCUUUUCAACUUUUAUCCCAAUCAGCCCUUGAUGACAGUGAGCUUGUUGUUCUAUUAGCAAAGUAAACGAUAACCACUCAAAAUUUAGAGAAUGUAGGAGUCGAAGAGCAGAAUGAAGAGGCAUUUUGUAUCAUAUACAGAAAACCGUCAACCCGGUUUCCUUGAAAAAUGGACCAAACUUUGUUGUUGCAUUGGUUUGCUAGCUAGGCCAUGUAUAAUUUUCUCACCUCUUGAGUGUAUACAAGUUUAGUCUAUGUUAGGUGCCUGCCUUUCAGGUUGCCUCAUUUUCCUACUGGGGCUUUUGGCACGUUUUAAAGUUUCUCACAUGGUUUUAUACAAGCUAUUCAAAUUAUUCUUUC